GACUCCGAGCGGCUGAGUUGUCAAAAAGUUGGCAUUUGUUCCAUCUGUUAUUUAGCGAAAUCUAUUUUCAUUAGUAGUACGACGAUAGUUUUAACGCAAAGUGGUUGUAAGCGCUGUGUGGUGUAAGGAGCGAGUUAUGUGGUGACAUAAUGGUGUAAUACUUCGGUAAUUUUACACGACCUACGCUAUCGACUAUGAUGGAUGAGAUCACGGAUUCGCCCGUGAAGAGCCCGAUGGAGGCGGGAGAGGCUUUUGGAGAUAGUGAAACAGAUUAUUCUAGUAUCAGAGGGAAGACAAUUUUAGUAAGCCCCACAACAGAUGAAUAUGAUUUACUACGCAAACACCUACUGGAAAGACUGGAAGCUGGCAACGGAGAAAUAAUCUAUGACAUUGGACAUGGGGAAGACGGGCGAGGGCUAACAGAAGAUGAGUACAAUGCCUCCGUGGCGACACUGCAAUCACUGGUGAGCGAGCGAGUGUCUUGCGUCGAGCUACGACGAUGGGAUUGCGGCUCGGGACUCUGCGGGCAGUACCUGCUGCGCACGCAGUUGGAUCACACCGACUUCAUGGAGAUCAGAGUGGCGGUAGUAGGCAACGUGGACGCGGGCAAGUCAACACUGUUGGGAGUACUGACUCACGGCGAGCUUGACAAUGGAAGAGGGUAUGCGAGGCAAAGGCUCUUCAGGCACAAGCACGAGAUGGAAAGCGGGCGAACUAGUUCAGUUGGAAAUGAUAUACUGGGCUUCGAUAGCAUGGGUAAUGUUGUAAACAAGCCGGAUCACGGCACUCUGGACUGGGUGAAGAUCUGCGAGAAGUCGUCAAAGGUGAUCACGUUCAUUGACCUGGCAGGCCAUGAGCGAUACCUCAAAACUACCGUCUUCGGCAUGACAGGACACGCGCCAGAUUUCGGCAUGCUCAUGAUCGGCGCGAACGCAGGCAUCGUGGGCAUGACGAAGGAGCACCUGGGACUGGCGCUGGCGCUGUCCGUGCCCGUGUUCGUCGUAAUCACCAAGAUCGACAUGUGCCCACCCAACGUGCUGCAAGACAAUCUGAAGUUAGUGAUCAGGAUCCUAAAGUCUUCCGGCUGCCGCAAGGUGCCCGUCAUGGUGAAGACGAAAGAUGACGUCAUAGUGAGCGCUACCAACUUCGUAUCGCAAAGGUUAUGCCCAAUUUUCCAAGUGUCAAACGUGACCGGUGAGAACUUGGAGCUGCUAACAAUGUUCCUGAACCUGCUGAAGACACGAAUGCCCUCUCAAGAUGACAAGCCUGCUGAGUUCCAGAUAGACGACACUUACUCAGUACCCGGCGUGGGCACGGUGGUGUCAGGCACGACCUUGGCCGGUGUGAUCCGCCUGAAUGACACGCUGCUGCUGGGCCCCGACCCCCUGGGCCGCUUCCAGCCCAUCACCGUCAAGAGCAUCCACCGCAAGCGCAUGGCAGUGUCCGAGGUCCGCGGCGGACAGACCGCCAGUUUCGCACUCAAGAAGAUAAAGCGAUCAGCAAUCCGCAAAGGCAUGGUGAUGGUCUCCCCGGCACUGAACCCUCAAGCUUGCUGGCAGUUCGAAGGCGAAAUCCUCGUCCUGCACCACCCUACCACCAUCUCUUCACGUUACCAGGCAAUGGUGCACUGCGGCAGCAUCCGACAGACGGCAUCGAUCCUGUCCAUGUCCCUGGAUUGCCUGCGCACCGGCGACAAGGCGCGCGUGCGCUUCCGAUUCAUCAAGCACCCUGAGUACCUCAAGCGCGGUCAGCGAAUGGUAUUCCGCGAGGGUCGUACGAAAGCAGUAGGCAACGUCCUCCGACCAGAGCCGGCCAGCGGUGCUCCGCGGAACAAACCGCCUACUCGGCACGCGCCGCGACACGAGCGCAACGAGAAAAGGAAUAAUGCGUCCACGCCCGAUGGUCCGCCCGCUAGCAACUCGCUCCAGAUUGAAGGCGAUGUAACGGCAUCCGACUCGCCAUUCGAAGUGUCCGGGGACAAGCGGGGCACCGGCGCGGGCGGCGGCGGGGGGCGGCGCCCGCGCAAGCGACACGACAAGCCGAACAGCGACCCGCCGGCGACUCAUCCUAAUUAAACGUUUACGAGUACAUACAACGCCGCGAUAGUUGUACUGAGUACUAUUUAGUACGAAGAACUUAACACGAAGGUGUUUUCUAAUAGUACGCCACUAUCUUCCUCUUAUCCGUUCAGUGUCGGGUGAUAUUUGGAUUUCAAAACAUCGCCUUGGUGAAUGAUUCGAAACGGCAAAACGGCCAUCAUAGCGAACCGGUUCUGUAAUUACAUUUUUUUACCACGAAAUGAAUUUAUUUUCCCGACAUUUUGAAACGGUUACACACUUCAUGGUCAUUAACUGUCAGUCCACCCGUGACAAUAGAGCGCGUAACCGGUGCGAAAUAUCGGAGAAAUAAAAAGAACUUAUAUCGUGGUAAGAAACCUGUUUUUUUUAAUAACGCACACAAUUAGUGAUAAUCAUUUAUUGAAUAACCGUGAAAGCUUCAAAAUCUAUAUCGUCUUGGGUGAUUCAACAAUUCAAUCUGUGUGUAUUCCACGUUUGGGCUUAAGUUUAUUGUAGUGGGGAAUUAUUUCUAAACUUUAAGGCUGGGGAAACAACGAAUCUACUCGCGUUCAUUAAUUUGCCGGAUUGUGACAAGUUUAGACAUAACUGGACGCAAAAAAAUGUUCUUCAUGUUACUCUUGAAGUAACACUAUAGCAGACGAUCUUUUUUGAAGACUGAGUAAAAUGAUAUUUGUAGUGUUGCCAGUUUUCAUAAAAUUUUAAAUAGUCAUGUAGUUGUUAUCGACAGUUUUAUCGAUAGACUGUGAAAGAAUGCCAGAAAUGUCUGAAUUGUGAAUGUUACGACGUACUAACGAUAUUAAUUGCGUUACUGCCUUCUUCAUUCUUAUUUUGACAGCCGGCCUACUAGUGUCUAAAUAUAUUUUUAUUCAUACACCACUAGAAUUGAAAUGAAAAUCUUUAAAAUAUGUCUCGUCUUUGUAUUUUUAAUAGACAUAGUUCUAAGUGCAGUAUAAGCAUGUAAGAACUUACAAAAAUUUAAUAUUUCUAAUGAACCUAUGCCCAGCAGUUGGACGCCUAAUAAGCCGUUGGUGAUUGAAAUUAAACAAAUUCGACUAUUUAUUGUAUGCGUAACCAACAUUCAGUCGAUAGUCGACAGAAUGUUUAUCGAUUGCAAUCACUAGCUGCUUGUAAGCUGGCAACACUUUUGCACAAUGAACUAUCAUUUUACGCCAUCUUCAAAAAAGACAGAUUCUAACAAAAAAAAACUAGUUAAAGUAAUAUUAACGAUUACACAAUUUAAUCGGUAUUCUCGGUGGUGGAAGCUUCAACACCGCAUCACCAGUCAGCCCGUGACCACGGCCAGUAAAACCUGGCCAAUAUGUUGUGAUAAUAGGUAGGUGUGAGAAUACCUAUUAAAUAGUUUAAUCGCGUUUAUUCCCGCUUUCAAAUGUUAUAAUGCAAUACGAAAGUUCAAAUGUGUAUAAAGUAACAUUAAAAGCGGUCCCGAAGCCCGAUAAGGGCCACCUCGUCGUCCAAGAUACUAAAGUAAUUAGUUCCAACAGCUUAACAAGUUAAGAAAGAAUAUCCCUAAUACUUCUUAUGUCUUUUGGUCUCUAAAUAUUGCGGCUUAACUAAAACUAAAUUUUCAUGUAUCAAGUUACUAACGUUCAGUAAUUUUUUUUAUUAAUUUUAGGCAAGCGUUUUAUCACAAUCCACUUGCUAUUAUUAGUGAAAUUUUGUGUAAAGGUGCCGACGGAUUUGCUCGAUUUUGUCCAAUCACACUAGUUGAUCGACAAAAAAAUCCGAUAUCGAUCGUCAAAUUAAUAUAUAAGUACUAAAAAAACCGACCUCAAAAGUCAUUCAUCCCUUGGUUUGCCACCCUUAGAGGUGGAAUAUUUUCUCCAAAUUUAAAUGAGAUCAUGCCCUUGCAAACUUGUCACCUUUUAGACAAAAGACAUAACUUUCAAUUUUGACUAAAAAAAUUGCAUUACAUAAUUCGAUUAAAAAUUCUAUACUAUGUGUUGUGUUGUAAGAGAUGACGUGUCCGUAUGUACAGUUUCCAGGUGUGCUAUUAGACACCAUGUCGCGGCUAGAUAGAGUCCACAGCACUAAAUGAAAGUACAAGAUACUUAUUACAUAGAAAUAACUACAACUGUACUUAUGAGUACAUCUGUAGGGCUCAUUAGAUUAAAAACAACAAUUCUAAUUAAUGAAGGCAACCGAAAGCUGCGCGGCCAUUUGUAGAAAGCGUCGCGAUCGGUAAAUGAAGCUCAUUAGAAAUAACCUCGGGAACACACAAAUUGCAAUUAGAAAUAAUAAUUUCAUCUGAUCCAUUUCUAGAUAUUUCCGAAUACAUAAAAGGACGUACACAUGUUUUAAACAUGCAGUCGUGUAUAUAAAGUUCGAAAAAAAGCGCGGUGGUGUCACCAAUAUGGUUCCAUAUUUUGAAUAUCUUGUAGCAAUAAUAAGGUUUA